AUGACGAGCCAUCGCCGCCUCCGCUUGACGGCGCGGCCGCCGCUGGAGAACGAUGACCUGCUCUCCGAGGUCCUCCUCCGCCUCCCGCCGCAGCCGUCCUCCAUCCCGCGCGCCUCCCUCGUGUGCAAUCUCUGGCGCAGCCUCGUCUCAGAUCCAGGUUUCCUCCGCCGCUUCCGCCUCCACCACCGCCGCAACGCUCCUCUUCUCGGUUUCUUCUAUAUUAGUUUCGCGGAGGGAAGUUCUCGGGACAUCUACUUCGUACCAACCAUGGAUCGCCCCAAUCGUCUGCCGGAGGGCCGCUUCUACUUGCCGGCCGACCCAGAGGACGGCUACCGCGCGCUCCUUGGAUGCCGCGAUGGUCUCGUCCUCAUUCUCCGGCUACCUUGGAGGUGCCCCGAGAAAACAAAAACACCCCUGGCAUCGUGGCGCCCGGUCCUGGUGUGGGAUCCUGUCAGCGGCGACCAGCACCCCAUUCCUGUUCCCCUGGUGCCUGAUGAUGUUAAGCUCUCAUGGUGGAACAACGGGGCGGUGCUUCGCCGUGCCGGAUUAGACCAGUUCCAGGUAGUCUUGUUGAUGGCAGAGGAGGAAAAACAAAAUAGAAGAUUGAUCGCCUGGAUUUACUCGUCCGAGACCCGCGAAUGGGGUAAUCCCACCUCGACAUUGCUUCCAUCCUGGGACUUCUUAGGAGAUAUGGCCAAGCCUGCUGUGCUCGCUGGGAAUUCGCUUUACUGGAUCCUUGUUGGUAGUUCAUCAAGCAUCCUUGAGUUUGAUUUGGGUACGGAGAGAUUAAUUGUGAUACCUGUGCCGCGGCAAUUGCAUAUGAUGCACAGGAGCCACUACUCGAUUUUGCAGGCUGAUGGGGGUGGGCUUGGUUUCCUCUGUCUGUUAGAGUGGGACUACAAGGCCGUGUUAUACAACUGGAAGACAGAUUGUGAUGGCGUUGGUUCAUGGGUGAUCGUAAGAGUCAUUGAGCUGGACAAGCUACUUUCACUGAAUGAAGAGAAGAAGUACAAGCUACUUUGCGAGAAUGAACAUAAGGCGGGCACAGGGAUACUAGGGUUUGCUGAGAAGAAUAAUGUGAUACUCUUGAAGACGUUUAUCGGCCUGUUUAUGUUUGAGCUUGACUCAUUGCAGUUAAAGAAACUUCCCAGGACCCACGAGCACAUAUUCGAUGUGCAUGAAUUCGUCCAUGCAUUUGAAUGUGUCUACGCUGCAGGUACAGGCUUUGGUGGUGGACAUGAUGGAGCAGAAGUUUUGCACAAUGCAUAAUAUGUUUGUCCAGACAGAUAUGCUCUCAUGGUAUACAAAUAGAGUAGAGUAUAUAAUGUGGCAUUUUUAUGGAUGACCAGUACAAAUUUGUUCGACAGAUGAGAUCGAUUGCCGCGCAUGUGUGUUGGAGAUGCAGACAUGGCUUCUUGGGUGUGUGUGUGGAAAUUGCCCCUCUGUGUUGCAUGCAUUGGUGAUCUGUGAACUGGAGUUUCAGGAGUCAAUUGCUUCAUUUGCUGAAUAAUGUAUUAUGUUGUACUUUUUCCCAAUUCUGGCUGAUGGAUGUUGACUGUUCAACUGCACGCAGCGAUCCACUGCUGCGUGCCACCCUAGAGCUCGACGGUGUCCGUCUCUGGUUGUUGUACUGUUAGAAAUGUUGCAAAUUGUUGUUGUACUAUUAGACA